UUUUUUUUUUUCUCGUAUUUUUUUUUGUUUUUUCUCUUCAUUUGCUUUGUUUACACCCGCUUUUAUUGAACAAGAGCAACGCAUGAACAAUGGUAGCUGCACUACACUCCCAACAGCAGCAACAGCAGCCGCCGUCAGUAAAGUGCAGUAAUAAAGAUAACGAUGAUAACAAAAGUACGAGCUCAACUCUGGUGGGCGAAAACGAAAGUGGAAGUAACAAUAACCAUAAUACAAGCAGUAAUAUGAAUAACGAUGAGGACCUUGACGACGGAUCCUCACUUCAGCGACAGGGGCACAACAAUAACGAAGUCAGACAUGGCUUUGACCAAGAGGCGUAUGAGGAGGAUAUUAUCCGAUUUCUAUAUUUUACAGAAAAGAGACAUGAUACCAAUGCCAAACCUAACGCCACUGUUCGAACUGCUUUAAAGGACUGGAGGCUUAGAGAAAGAAUAAAAACUGUAUCAGGAUUGUUGGUUGUUUGCUUAAAUAUUGGCACAGACCCACCUGAUAUUGUUAAAACGAAUCCUUGUGCUAAGCUUGAAUGUUGGAUUGAUCCCUUUUUACUUAUUCCUCAGAAAUCCUUAGAAGCUAUCGGGAAAAGCCUUCACAAUCAAUACGAAACCAUUAAUGGAAGAACCCGCUUCAAGCUUUCACUUGACCCUUCUGUAGAGGAAACAAAAAAAGUAUGCUGUCAAAUGCGUCGAAACGCCAAAGAAGAAAGGAUUCUUUUUCAUUAUAAUGGCCAUGGUGUGCCUAAACCUACAACUAGUGGGGAAAUUUGGGUCUUUAAUAGAAAUUAUACACAAUAUAUUCCAGUCUCUUUGUUUGAUUUACAAAGUUGGCUAGGAUCACCUGUUCUUUAUGUUUGGGAUUGCUCGGCAGCAGGCAAUAUUAUUCAUGCUUUUAAUCGAUUUGCGGAACAGAGGGAUUUGGAGGCGCAAAGAUUAUCACAGCAGCAGCAACAACAACAGCAUAGCAAUAACAGUCAACAUCAUCAUAGUAGUAAUAAUUUAUCAGCUCAAACACCACAUACUUCACCACAGGCUUAUUUACCACAAUGGAAAGAUAGUAUUCAGCUUGCCGCCUGUGGUCCUAACGAGACAUUGCCCAUGAACCCUGAUUUGCCAGCCGAUGUUUUCACAGCCUGCCUUACCACACCUAUUGAAAUGUCACUACGUUGGGUUGUAAUGCGUAAUCCACUUCUCACUACUAAUAUCACAAUGGAUAUGGUGCUGCAACUCCCAGGCCGCGCCACUGAGCGUCGAACACCUCUUGGUGAACUUAAUUGGAUUUUCACAGCUGUAACAGAUACCAUUGCUUGGUGUGUCUUACAAGACCAACCUGAACUUUUCAAACGCCUUUUUCGUCAAGAUCUCACAGUGGCUUCUAUGUUCCGAAAUUUCCUCUUAGCCGAACGUAUCAUGCGUUCUUAUCAAUGUACACCUAUGUCUACACCUAAACUACCCGAAACGCACGAUCAUCCUAUGUGGCAAGCAUGGGACUUGGCCGUCGAUAUGUGUUUAUUCCAGCUUCCAGCUCUUAAAGCUGCAGAAGCUGGUGGUCCACCUUACGAAUACCAAUCCAGCACUUUUUUCUCAGAACAACUUACAGCCUUUGAAGUCUGGCUAUCUGAAGGCGCUGUCAAUCCUAAAAUCCCAGAACAACUUCCGAUUGUCCUUCAGGUAUUGUUAAGCCAAGUGCAUCGAUUACGUGCACUUAUUUUAUUGAGUCGAUUUUUGGACUUGGGUCCGUGGGCUGUCAACGCGGCCCUUUCCGUGGGUAUAUUCCCUUACGUUCUGAAACUAUUGCAAAGUCCUGCUGCUGAAUUGAAACCUGUCCUGGUUUUUAUUUGGGCUCGUAUCCUGGCUGUCGACCGCUCUUGCCAGAACGAUUUGUUGAAAGAUCACGGUUAUGCGUAUUUUAUCAAUAUAUUGACACCAAGCCAUGCUAUGCUGAGCAUUCCGCACGUUUCCGAACAUAGAGCGAUGAGUGCUUUUAUUCUAUCGGUGUUUUGUACGAAUUUUAAAAUGGGGCAACAGGCUUGUCUGAGAAGCAAUAUAAUUAGUGCCUGUUUGGCACAUGUGGCAGACCCUGAUCCUUUGUUAAGGCAAUGGGUUUGUUUAUGCUUGGCACAAGUAUGGAUGAAUAAUAAUAGUGAAGCCAAGUCAGCGGCGAUUGCAGAGAAUGGACAUGAAAAGCUAUGUUUGUUAUUGACGGAUCAUGUUCCCGAAGUGAGAGCCGCAGCGAUGUAUGCACUAGGCACCUUUUUAGCGGACGGCAAAUCAACCUCCAGUGCGAAUGCAACUGCAGGCGCAACAGCUUCCGCCGCAGUUGCAGCAACUCAGAAUGCAAAAACGGAACAGAUUAUGAAUAUAGAACAUAACAUUGCGAUUGCUGCUUUAACUGUCAUGAAUGAUGGUUCACCUAUGGUACGAAAAGAGUUGGUAGUGACAUUGUCGCAUAUAGUGGAUCAAGCAGGUGCCGAUAAAUUCUUGGCGGCUGCUAGCCAAACUAUAGAGGAAGACCAAUACCUAUACCAACGCAAUAGCACCAUGGAAAACGGUUCAGGUUGGCGAAGUACUACUAGUUUAGCGGAAGCUGCAGCAGCAGCUAUCGCGUCCUCUACAAUUUCGAACAAUACCUUUGGAACAACCAGUUAUGAUUCAGUGUAUGCAGUUGUCUGGAAGGCUUUAUUGAGUCUAUCAGUAGAUCCUCAUCCAGACGUUUGCCAAAGCGCCUCAGCACUUGUGGAUCACAUCAAUUUAAUGCUAUUAAGUAUGUCUUUGACAAGAGAAUAUGGAUCGAAUUUAAGAGAUUCGCUUUUAUCAUCACCUGGACAGUCGCCUCAACAUCGACAUGCACAGGAAUAUUUGGAAAGAUCGUCAUUAGACGACUCUCCAUCAGCAAGAAAACGUCCUGGAAUGAAUGCGAAUACCAAUAAGUUGGUUCGAUCAGUUUCUUUUGCAUCUACUCUACGGAAUAUCUAUAAUUUCGGUACAUCCUCUUCAUUGGAUUUAUCGCCUUCUUCACAACAACAGCAUCACGAAGCCAUGCCACCCAUUGCCUCUUUGUCUUCUUUAAGGUUGCAGCAAACACCUUCAAAUACCCACCAUUUACAUCACCAUACUACCUCCGUUCUGGAGGAAAAUGCUAACGUGCUUCCUUUAUCUUCUACUUUUUAUGAUUGGAGUUGUGAAUACUUCACUGAGCCACAAAUGCGUGCUGCGGAGGCUGAUGAACCCGGCAGUGUAGUGUAUACGCAACGUAAAUGGCGUAGAAGUCGAAACGAAAAGAUUUUACAGGAAGCGAAUACCACAAAAGGUUUUGCAGCAACCAAGAAAACUCGUUGGGACGAGCAAAUAAAUACGAUGUAUAAUGAUACAGAAGCAACCUUAUUAUUGUUGCAUCAGUUUGAACCGCAUUUGGUGGCUGCUGAUGCCUACAAUUCCCUUGUUGUAUGGGAUUGGAAGACAGGUACUCCUCUGAGUGUCAUUGAUAAUCACAACCCUGCACAUAGUAGAAUAACAGAUCUGAAAUUUAUCAACGAGGAAGAUGAAGCCCUUCUACUGACUGGUUCAGAUGAUGGCGUUAUCAGGCUGUAUAAAAACUAUGAUGGCAGUGAUCCUGAAAAUGAGGAAGCCAUUGUUGUCAGUUCUUGGAGAGCCUUAAAGAAUCUCGAAAGAAGCAAUACCCGCCACAGUGGAUUGAUCACUGAUUGGCAUCAGGCCAGAGGAUUAUUGUUUACAGGCGGCGAUGCUCGAAUCAUUAAAAGUUGGGACGUGCAUCAAGAAAUGCCUGUGAUGGAUAUACCCACCCAUUCAUCCAGUUGUGUAUCAAGCUUGACAAGCGACCAACUAAGCGGCAAUAUAUUAAUUGCAGGUUUUGGUGAUGGAUCUAUAGGGGUGUACGAUAGAAGGUUAAACCCAAAUGAAGCCCGUGUCAAACUAUGGAACGAGCAUAAGGCAUGGAUUACCGGUAUACACUUACAACGAGAAGGAACUCGUGAGUUGGUUUCAGGUGGAUUUGAAGGCGACAUAAAAAUUUGGGAUAUUCGCGAAACUAAAUCAAUUAGAACCAUUGAAGCUCAUACCCAUAAUGAAAUGAUAGCGUUGGCUGUACACGAUCAUAGCAGUGUAAUCGCGAGCGCUGGUGAUGAUCAGGUGAUUAAGGUGUGGAAAAUGGAUGGUACAAAAUUAUCUACCAUUCGACCAUCAUCUGGCAGUGGCGGCUUUCUUAGUCAAAAGCUGUCUCCUUUUACUCGUAGUUUAGCAUUCCAUCCCAAUUUGAUGGUUAUGGCAGCAAGCGGAAAUGAUGGAUAUAUUACUCUAUAUAAACCCCAUUAACUAAAUCACCUCAUACAUUGAACCUUGUCAACUUAAAUCAUAUCUACUCUGAUACUCUUUACGUAAUUAUACACUUAUACACAGUACUAUAGAUUUUCCCUUUAGCCUUCUUGCUUUGUAACAUAAUAAAGUUUUUCAUAUACCUACUGCAUGUA